AUGAAUAUUGAAUCUCUAAGUCAUAAAAAUGGUGGACCUUUCACUCGUGCAUGGGGAUGGCUCAAGGCCUUGCCUGAGAAGUUAUGGGCUAAGGCAGUCGAUGUUGCAAAGAAGAUGAAGAAACUCGGAGAAGAUGAUCCAAGAAGAAUUAUCCAUUCGCUAAGAGUAGGACUGGCUCUCACCUUGGUUUCCUUAUUCAACUAUAUCAGACCACUCUAUGAUGGUUUUGGUGACAAUGCAAUAUGGGCUGUUCUGACAGUCAUUCUUGUCCUCGAGUUUUCUGUUGGAGCAACACUGGGAAAAGGCUUGAACAGGAUGCUGGCAACCUUAUCAGGCGGUGCUCUAGGUGUUGGAGUCCAUUACCUAGCAACUCUGUCGGGUGAGACAGGACAGCCCAUAGUAAUUGGGUUCUUUGUCUUUAUGAUAGCUGCAACAGUAACAUUUGUGAGAUUCAUUCCCGCAAUGAAGGCAAGAUACGAUUAUGGGCUAUUGAUAUUCAUAUUGACCUUCUGCUUGAUAUCUAUAUCGAGUUACGGAGAGGAUGAAGUGAUAGAGAUGGCCCAUCAGAGGCUUACGACAAUCAUCAUUGGUAGCUUUGUUGCUAUAGUUAUAUGCAUAUGUAUAUGCCCUGUUUGGAUUGGUGAGAAUCUUCGCAAUCGGGCAGCUACCAACAUGGAAAAGCUUGGGACUUUCUUAGAAGGAUUUGGGGGUGAAUACUUCAACAUACCAGAAGAAGGGCUGUCGAAUAUGGAUGAUAAAUCAUUUCUUCAAGGAUAUAAAAGCAUUCUCACUUCAAAAGACACUGAAGAAACUAUGGCUAAUCUAGCGAGAUGGGAGCUGUGGAACUGUCGUUUUGGGUUCCGUCAUCCUUGGAAACAGUACCUUAAAAUUGGAGCCCUUAGUCGGGAAUGUGCCUACAAAGUUGACGUUCUUAACAGCAACCUUAACUCUAAGAUCCAAACACCCAGUGAGUUCCAAAGCAAAAUCCAAGAGCCAUGCGCUAAAAUUUGCUCAGAAUCUGGCAAAGCACUGAAGGAAAUAGCAGCAGAGCUCAAAAAAAUGACACAGACAACAGCAGUUAAUCCCCAUAUUGUAAACUCAAAAAUGACCGUGGAGAACCUGAAAUCCUUGCUCAAUACGACGUGGCUUUGGAAAAAUGCCAAUCUCCAGGAGACCAUACCAACUGCUGCAGUAGUUUUGAUUGUAAUGGAUAUUGUACCAUACAUCGAGAAGAUUUCAGAGGCGAUUCAAGAAUUAGCAUUCCUUGCACGUUUCAAGAGGGAGGACGCCAGAAGUCCCUACGAUUCGCCCUUCUUUGACGCAAGUGAUGGCUUCCACGUUUACUUCCCGUACGGCCUCGACGAGUCCAUCAUCAAGACAUAUAAGUUGGCAUAUACAGUAGUCGACGGUGUAAAGAAGGAGAAACCACCGUUGGCAUAUUCAGUGUAA